CCCGGGCGGUUCCUGAAACUGUAAACCCGGUUGGGUGACCCGUUCGAUCCGCGGAAGGCAGGACGCGCGCAGGCGGCCGACUUCUAUAGCGCGGGGACUGCGGGGACUGGGCGUGCUUCCCCAGAGCCCGGUUUGUGACCAUUCAUGAGGACGGGACUCCUCCCUGCCAGGCCUCCCUUCUGCCCCGAGAAGGCUGGGGAAAGGUGCGGGCGGUGCGGCGAGGCGGGGCUGGGUCCCCGCUCCUCGGAGUCCCGGCCCUGCCCCGCAGACCCUGCCUUCGCUCUCUCCACACACCCAUGUUGGGUGCAGCACCGAGUCCUGACUUUGGAAACUCACAGAUCAGAACUUGAAUUCCGCCUGGUUGGAAAAAAUACUGACCAGAUGGAAAGAGCAUUCCAGUAAAAAUAAAGACCGGUGUCUUUUCAUUGCCUAUUUGAGACAACAAACAAAGCUGACAGAGGAGGAAAAUAAGAAAAGUGGAAGUCUAAAUUUUUUGUUACCUUCUUAUGUGGAGAAAUCUCCAGCUGCUCUAAUGAUAGCCUAAGAAGACUGCGUGCUGUUUCCUCUCGAUGCCAAGCCAGGCCUGCCCAGAACCUCGAAUCUCAGUCCCUCAUGGAGACCAGGUCCCAGCAGGAAUGGCAGUGCAGGAAAUUGGCACCCAGAUGGUUCUUCCACGUGAAGUUGUCUCGGACUCUGGGCUGACGAGAGAACAGCCGGUAACCAGGUUAGCCCUCUGUCGAUCACCCAGGGCGGGGCAGCAUGGUGCGGAUUCAGAGGAGGAGGCUUCUGGCAUCUUGCUUGUGCAUCACAGCCACCGUCUUUCUGCUUGUCACACUCCAGGUCAUGGUUGAGCUGGGAAAGUUUGAAAAGAAGGGGUUUCAAAGUUCCGGUUUGCAAGAUGGACAUACAAAAAUGGAAGAAGCACCUGCACAUCUUAAUGCGUUUCUUAAGAAAGAAGCAUUGACCUUCAACAGGAAAAGAAAAUGGGAACUGGACAGCUACCCCAUUAUGCUCUGGUGGUCCCCGCUGACGGGGGAAACCGGGAGGUUAGGCCACUGUGGAGCAGACGCGUGUUUCUUCACCAUCAACCGGACCUACCUGCAUCAUCACAUGACAAAAGCGUUCCUCUUCUACGGUACUGACUUUAACAUAGAUAGCUUACCUCUGCCUCGUAAAGCCCAUCAUGACUGGGCUCUUUUUCACGAAGAGUCUCCGAAAAACAAUUACAAGCUUUUUCAUAAACCGGUCAUCACCUUGUUUAACUACACUGCCACGUUCAGCAGGCAUUCCCACUUGCCACUAACUACCCAAUACUUGGAGGGCAUUGAAGUCCUGAAGUCACUCCGAUACCUGGUUCCUUUGCAGUCCAAAAACAAGCUUAGAAAAAGCCUUGCUCCGCUGGUGUAUGUGCAGUCAGACUGUGACCCACCGUCAGACAGGGACAGCUAUGUUCACGAGCUGAUGACUUACAUCGAGGUCGAUUCCUAUGGUGAAUGUUUACGAAACAAAGAUCUCCCUCAGCAGCUGAAAAAUCCAGCCUCUAUGGAUGCCGAUGGCUUUCAUAGGAUCAUUGCACAGUAUAAGUUUAUCCUGGCUUUUGAGAAUGCAGUUUGUGAUGACUACAUCACUGAGAAGUUCUGGAGGCCACUGAAACUGGGGGUAGUCCCUGUAUAUUACGGAUCCCCCAGCAUCGCAGACUGGCUUCCGAGUAACAAAAGUGCUAUUCUUGUAUCAGAAUUUUCUCACCCCAGGGAACUGGCAAGUUACAUCAGACAACUGGAUUCUGAUGACAGAUUGUAUGAGGCCUAUGUAGAAUGGAAGCUGAAGGGUGAGAUCUCUAACCAGCGACUUCUGACAGCUCUUAGGGAACGGAAAUGGGGAGUGCAAGAUGUCAACCAGGACAAUUACAUCGAUGCAUUUGAGUGUAUGGUGUGCACCAACGUGUGGGAUAAUAUCAGGCUUCAGGAAAAGGGCUUACCACCCAAAAGAUGGAAGGCAGAAGAUACCCACCUGAGUUGCCCAGAGCCCACGGUGUUUGCUUUCUCACCAUUCCGGCGUCCAUCUUUGAACGCUUUGCGAAAAAUGUGGAUAUCCAGUUUUGAACAAUCCAAGAAAGAAGCCCAGGCACUAAGGUGGCUGGUUGAUAGGAAUCAAAAUUUUUCAUCUCAAGAGUUUUGGGCCUUAGUAUUCAAGGACUGAUUUCAAAAAAGAUCAGAAUGACACGAUGUAGAGCCUUCUUGAGGUUUAUUAUCUAGGUUGCCUUAAUAUUUGAACGGAAUAGCCAUUCUGUUGACUAUCCGUUAGGAUAAGAAUUAGUUGCUACAGUACUCAUAAUGAGCCCUCUCAAAGAAUAGAUGUAAAUUACCCUUCGGGGUUGCCUCUAUGUAUUUUAUACUAAACAAGGAAAUAUUUCUUAUGGACACUGGUUAUCUUCCAUGUCCGUGUCUGUGGACCCACAUACUUACUGCCUUUUGUGGAAAUUCACCUAGAGUGAGCACUUUCCUUGUGCGAUGGAGGCUCAGGAUCUAGCUGUAGAUUCUUGAGACUUACCUCCCUCUCAACAGCUUAUUGGUAUUUGGCAAGCCCAGUGUCCUGCAGCCGAGCAUGAAUGUGAAAUACAUUAGAACUUGGCAAUGAGAGAUCCCAUCUGUUGGUUUCCAGGGAUGUAAGUGAGUAAUAAAAGCUGUUUCAGGUUUAUCCGCUGUCCACUCUUCAAGUGAAAAGAACGUAUGUGCGUCUCUCUCCUCUCCAUACCCAGCCACCUCUCUAACCUUUAGUUACACCUUGUCCUCUCGUCUCUCAUUUCCCCUUCCAAGUAGAAUGUCUUGUAAAGACACAGUAACCCCGGUGUGUUUUGAUUAGUGAGAUGUUACCACUUAUUUCUUCUACUGCUGGGCAGAAUAGUAUCAAGAAUGGCUAUGAUUCUGAUUCAGUCUGUACAGCCUGGUCAUUUUGAGCAGCAUGAAAGUAGAAGUGAAUCCCCACAGGAGCUCCAGUUGUGCUGAAGCUGUUUGUCUUUUUGUAGGAUGAUGUAGCCUGUCGUGGUGGCAGCCACAAGCAUUUAGUGUGUGAGCACUUCCUGUCAUUUCUGAUCCUGUCACAGAGAAAGUUCAGCUGUCCUGUCUGGGACAUCUACUGGAGCACCUCAGAAGACAAGGAGGAAAACACUGGCUUGCGUUUUCUUUCCAAUGUGAGGGAGGGGAGGCUUAUAGAUGAUACCAAAAGCCUCUUGCCACUGUUGUGUCAUGGUUUCCAUUCUUCGUCAUGGAAAGCCACAAGCCACAGAAGGUAGCCAGAGGACGGGAAGAGUCUGUGGUGCUCAUGUCUGUGUCAUGGCAUACGGGGGAAUUGACGGGUUCUUCCUUAGCAUCAGCCCCUUAUUUUAUUGAAGGCCGCUGGGGUGCUUGGCAGUGACCAUUGUCUUCAUUAGGUAGCUCUGGCUGGGUUUUGUCAGCCAGUAUGUGAGAAAGGAGAGCCAAAACCAGUACCUCCUUAUAGAAGCCAGAAGGGUCACAUUGGGUGGGAGAAGGUGUCUGUAACUGGGUUCUUCCCAAUCCCAGCUCUGCCAUUAACUAAGUAUGAUCUUGGACAGAUCUCUGAAUCUCCAUAGGCCUUAGUUUUUGUAUCUAAAAAGAAGUGAUUGGGCUGGUCUUGGAAGGUUUUUUCUUUUUUUUUUUCCCUAUAUAACAUUUUUAAUUGUUCAUCAACAUUUAAGAAAUUUAAUUUUGUAGAUGUUUUUACUAAAGACAGUAACAAACUAUUUGGAACUGCUGUGUAUUAUUCAGGGGAAGCACCAUCUUUGGAGGAAGGAGCAUACUUAAUGGGUAGUAUUGAGGAUGAAAGGGAAUUUCUCUCUGUGAUUUUAUUUGAUAAUAUUAAAGAAAUAAAGACUGGAAACGGGGAUUGCUUGUUAAAGGUCAGAUUUUAAAUGGCGUGUAAAAUGAAGUGGGUUUUUUUUUUUUUAAACCCGCAAUAGAAAGCCUGAGAGGUGACUUAUACCUCUGGUAAGAUAUUUUCAUGAUUAAUUUCAGCUCUCCUCCAUAAAUGCCUUCGGCAGAUACCCAGUGGUUGUGUGCUAUCAUAUGUCUUAAACCUCAACUUUUCAUGCAAUCUCAUUCCAUCUUAGUUCUUCAUCAAGUCCAUAGAUGAAAUCUUCUCUAAGCGUUUCUGAAAUAUGUAUCCCUGAACAAAUUUAGUGAAAUAAAAUCAUUAAUCUGUGUUGAUCCCAUUUGCCAUAUAUCUUUCACUUUACCUCACUGUCUCUGUUUGUGAAAUAUUUUAAGAAAGCAACCUGCCUCACAGGGCUGUUGUGAGGAAUGCCUCAUGUCUGCGAAGGAGUUUGUAUAAUGCAACAUUUUGCUUAGUGCUUUAGUAUAUUUUACUUGGAUUGCUUUCAAGGAGUAUUUGGAUUGUUUUCAAAGAGGUGUUUUUUUUUUUUUUUUGAGACAGAGUCUUGCUCUGUCACCUAGGCUGGAUUGCAGUGGCAUGAUCUUAGCUUAUUGCAACCUCCGCCUCCCAGGUUCAAGCGAUUCUUCUGCCUCAGCCUCCUGAGUAGCUGGGAUUACAGGUGCCCACCACCAUGCCCGGCCAACUUCUUGUAUUUUUUUUUAGUAGAGAUGGGGUUUCAGCAUUUGGCCAGGCUGGUCUUGAACUCCUGUCCAUAAGUGAUCCACCCACCUCAGCCUUCCAAAGUGCUGGGAUUACAGGCAUGAGCCGCUGUGCCUGGCCAUUCAAGGACUAAUUUUUUAAAGCAGUGUGACAGAGUGGUCAGAAGCCUUUUCAGAAAUGUUGGAGAAAAUGAUCACUAAUGCUAGUUGAUAGUCUUCACCUAAAAAUGGAUGCAACUUUGAUCCUCAAUUAUGCAGCAAAUAUAUUUUGGAGCCUGAAUGCUGACUGGCUUCUUUGUUGCUGUUAAGGACUAGAGUCUAGUAACUAGAAUAUCAGUUGGGGUCAUUAUCAUUAUUAGUAACAGAUCGGAAAUACAUAGUGUUCUAUGCAUUACUCAGAAAUAAAAGAAGUGAAAAUGAGCAUCAUUCCUUCGACCACACAUUGUAUAUUACAAAUAGAAGAACCUGCUCCAUAUCUAACAAAGACUGUGUGAAUCCAAGCACAGUGCUGACCUGAGCUUGGAAUGCCCAGUAAAAUGUGCAUUUUAAAAAGUCAUUAACAGGAUAUAAUUCCUGCUAAAGUUGACAAUUCGUUAGGAGAAUUCAGUUGUCUUAGUCUGUUCAGGCUGCUAUAAACAGAAUAUGAUAGACUGGGUGGCUUAUAAGCAAGAGAAGUUGAUUGGUCACAGUUCUAGAGGCUGGGAAGUACAAGAUCAGGGUGCCAGCAGAUUUGGUGUCUGGGAGAGUCCAUUUCCUGGUUCAUAGGUGGUUAUCUUCUUGCUGUGUCCUUACAUGGCAGAAGGGGCGACAGAGCUCUCAGAAGUCACCACCCUCAUGAUCUCACUCUCCCAAGUCUCCUCCUCCUAAUGCCAUCACAUUGGGAGUUAGAAUUUUAAUCUGAAUACUGGGAAACACAGAAUUCAGUCUAUAGCAUCAGUAUAGAGUUAAUUUUCAGUGAACUGUGUUGAUUACCCCGAAAGCAAGAUGAGUACAUCUUGCAUAAGUGACAUAUGUCUUCCUUGGAGUCUUCGAAGUACACUACUUAGAAAUUAAUAGACCAAGAAUAGUGGUGGUUAGUUUGUUUCAAGUAACUUUGCAAUCCUGACUAUUUUGCAAAUAAUUUUCUUUAGGAAAUUUCUUUUAAUUUUUACUGUUAGUGGUCAUGUCUUUACUGUAUAAUUCUAAUCUCAAUAUAUAUCUUGUCUUCUGAUUACAGACAUAAAAAUGCUUGAAAAACUCAGGAUAUAGAAUUAUGACUGUAAGAAAUAUCUAGUUUUAGUUGCCACUCUGCAACAUACUGUCUUUAUCUUGGUCGAGUUAUUUGGCCUUUCUGAUACUCAAUUUGCUCAUCUGUAAAGUGGAUGUCAUAAUAUCCAGCCUCCUUGUGAGGCUUUGUGAUGAUUAAGCUAGUGUUCACUUAGCUCAAUAGAUGCUGGCUGUGGUGGUUACAGUUAUCUGUAGUCAUUACCCUUUUGUUUUUGAAGAGCUUGAUGGAGACUUGUCUGGAAAACAGGAAAUCAUUGAUGAUAGUGGCAGGGGUGGUACACAUUUACUGUGUUACAAAAUAGGCAUUGUACUAGGCACCAUUGCUGAUAGGAGGAAGACAUAGGAGAGAGAGGUGUGAAGGCUUCUGGGUAGGGCUGUUCGAUACUAUGAUGGUGUUAAAAGCAAGGACUGAGGAAUGCUUAAGUUAUUCUCUGACUCUUCCUGCCCUCCCUGGGAUUUCUGGUGGCGUUCUGCAUAAAGCUCUCAAUAGGAUAAUGAGACUCAAAUGGCCUCUUUAUGGUAGCUUUGCAAACCUCAUAAAUGGAGUACACUGAUUUCUUAUAAAAGCUGGAUGUGAGCAUAUUAUUUAGAAUUGAAGUCUAACAAGGAGAGGGUCUUUUACUGCCUUUCUAUUCCUAAUUCUGAAUCUUGGGACUAGUAUAUUCAAUGUGCUUACGAUAAGAAAGAGGAGAGAAAAAUGACUAGAUCUAUAGGUCUUGACCCUGCUUGCUUAUACUGAAGAAGGAGAAAAGGAGCCUGAUCAGACUUUCUGCUAGGAGACAAGCCCUCUCUUGCUCUCCAUAUGAUAUGGAUGCAGGAAUAUGGAGGACAGUGCAUGGGAGCUUACUUUAAAGUCAUAUUAACCUUUCUCACUAGUAAAAUGUGGUUCCGUCAAUAUGCUGGGAUUCAACCCAUUGAAUUAACCACCCCAUUGCUGCUGGUAGUAGGUCCAAUUAAGGAGAACAGCAAGGGGCAGAGGCGUCGGACAAGAAGCAACUCUUUAGGAUUAUUGUCCUCUCAACUCAUUGGGCUUAUCAGGCAAGCCUCUGGACAGUCAGACGUGUAGCUGUGUCCCAACGAGGAUGUGACCAGCAGAGACCUUCUUUUAUCUUCCUGAGGCUUCUUCCCUGCUAUAUACCCUUGCCACUUUGUAUCCUCCAGUGACAUGAGUGGUUAAAUUAUUGUCUCUGAGCCUCUGAAAUGAGUCAAAAGUGGACAUUGAUUAAUGCCUCCAAUGGCAUUUUGAGCAUUAGGCCAAAAAUUCAUUCCUCAUUUUAUUUCCCCCGCAAACCAUAACCACAUCAUCCAACCCAGCUCACCAGAAAAGAUGAUUCAGUUAGCUCAAAUAGGCCUUUAUGAAUGUUUGAAAUUUUAAACUCCUGCAUUAAAAAAACAAAACAAAACUGAUUUUGAAGAUAAUUGCAUUUGAAGACCAUUACUGUGGGUAGGGGGUAAUAUUAAUGGUUUUGGGUCAGGAUAUUAUACCAAGAGCUUUUGGAAUGAAUGUAACGUAAGUUGCUUCUUAUGUAAACGGAAUAAAUUCAUCUGAUGAGUCCACUCAUGGGGAAAAAAGCCAGUUUUACAUCAAAAUGUCCUCAGUGAAGCAAUAAAAAUGAUGAAUUUUAUUAAAUCUUGACCUUUAA